AUGGCAAGUCUGUUUGGAAUUGAUCUGAGAACUGGAUGCUUUUGCAACUCUGGCGCAUGUCAGAUGUAUUUGGAAAUAAGCAACAAUCAGCUUCGCCAGUACUACGAAGAAGGAAAAGAAUGUGGCGAUACGAGAGAUGUUAUAGAUGGCCGUCCAACAGGUGCUGUCAGAGUUUCAUUUGGAAGGCAAUCCACAAUUGAGGAUGUUCUCGUUUUGGAACAAAUGAUAGACUACUGCUUUCUUGGAUUUCAACCGUCAACUGUCAUUGAGUAUCCACUGAGCAUAGAUCAUUAUACUGCUGCAGUAUCUCGCCUCAUUGUGUAUCCUGUCAAAAGCUGCCAAGGAUUCGAUAUAGAGAAGUAUGUAGAUUUUAUUCAAAUUAACGACGAGUCACUUGAGUUAUUUGAUGCGGACAAUCCCAGUUGUUCCGUCACUGUACCUCUUCAACAUGAUCAGAUAUCCUUGCAAACCGGAAUUGUCUGUACUUAUAAGAGUUUGUCAAAUGAAGCGCCCUAUCUUGUGGUCAACGAAGCUUCAAUUAAAAUUUUAGCUGACAUAGUUGAUCUAACGAUAGAGGAAACCGUAGAUCGGUUUCGUCCCAAUAUAGUCGUAAAAGGAUUGCCACCAUUUAUUGAAGAUACCGCUAAACGAAUGUCUAUCGAUGGAUUUCAAUUUGAGGUAGAAGUUUAGUU